AUGGCGGCACCGGCACACCAGCAGAUGCUCUGUCAGGGCAAUUUCGAGCUCUGGAAAGACAUCAUCAACCAGCGUCUCGAAUCAUAUGGUCUCGGGGUGUGGGACUUUUAUCACGCUAAAGAAUAUGCCUUCGCAGCUGUCAUCUCGAAUGACCUCUCUGGUGUUGAUUCUGCUGUGAGAAUCAUGCUGUUCAACAUUGCUCCGUCUAUACACUGCACCGUUCCCGAACGUCUCAAAUCCCACCCAUACGCCCUCUGGAAGCACCUCCAGCAGUACUCUAAGCCUUUCCGCUUUCUAGAUCUACCCGCGGAACUUCGAGAGAACAUAAUCCUCCAGUCUUUUCCCCAAGGUGUCGUUACUCCGGGUGACACACUUCCACCGAUCCUUAGAGCAUCGCGACAGCUACGAGCAGAGUCUCGUCAAAUUUAUUACCAAAACCACCAUUUCUACCUUGAUUUUGAGGCCGAAGCUGAGACCUGCAGCAGAGUCAACGAGAACUGCGAUACUCGAGUGCAGUUUCUGAAGUACUGGGCGAAAAAGUGGAUCACGAACGAAGUUGGAAUUGCUGCCCAACAUCUGAGACACGUCACGCUAUACAUCGAAGAAAGUGGCUUUGAGGUUUCGCUCCACUUUUCGCCGAAGGAAGAUAGGCUGUGUGUGGAGCUGGAGCAGGUGAAGGAGACGGUGCUGUACGAGGCUGAUGAGGAGGCACUGGCAGGGCUGGGAGAGUACGUGGAUAUGAUUGAGCAGCGGAGGAAGGAAGGACUCUCCACAAAAGGAGAGUCGAUUGUCGACGCACUUUUCCACACACCACAGACAUGGGGCUAUGGUGUUAUCAAAAUGGAGGAAGUGGAUGAAGAGGAGAGUGAGGAGGAGGAGGAGGAGGAGGAGGAUGAUAAUGACUAA